AUGGAGGACUCCGAGUUGCUCAAGGCCUUGCGCGGCGCAAAGCCUGGAUGGACCCAGCAGGAUCUGGUAGCUGUUCAGCGGAAGCUGGCCAAGGUUGGCAUCCGGAGUCCAGAGGAGCUCUCAAGUUCUUUGAGCAGCCUGAACGAGCUCCUGCAAGGCGCAGGGUUCCUGAAGUUCAGCGCCGAGACCCUGCAAGCGUUGCGAGAGCAGCUGCCGCAAAACGACAGUGAAACGCAACCCAGCCGGUUCGACUUGCAACAAGGUUGGCACCAUCCUCGAAAUGGUUAUCCUGCCGGCGGCUUCGGACGUGCAAAGGGUGGCAAGGUGGGCUUCGGUGGGCCAAAUCCCAACAGCGUCUUCAAACACGCACAGCAGAAGGAGGCCCUUCUUUGCGAGGACAACCUGUGGAAGGACUGGAAAGUCGUUGGGACGCCUGUUCCGGAGCCUAUUGCGCCGCGAGCUUGCGCCAUGUCGAGUUACGCUGCAGAACUAGAGGAAAUGGACAACGAGGAAGAUGAAGAUGAUGAGGAGGACGAGGAUGCAGACUCCUGCCUGUCAGACGACGAACUGAUGACAUUGUGCGUGGCCAAGAAAGUUCCCUUGCUUCAGCUGCAGAGCAACAAGCGCGCGAUCCAACUAUUGCGCCAGUUGGACAGACUUGAUAAAAGCUCAGUUUCCACUUUGAAGAACGAAUACAAAAGACGUGGUUUCGCUUUUGAAGCCUCGAUUCGCAAAGAGAGCCUGCUGGCUUCCGUGAAAGAAGUGGCUGUUUACGAGAAUUUGAAGCUGCAGCACUUGCGGGCAGCUUGCUUGAGUCGAAAUCUCCCUGCAGAUGAGAGCAUGCGACGUCCAGGGCUACUGCAACUUCUGGCCGACCAGUCCUGGCACAGCUUGGGCAUCCCAGUGGAGCAACUGCCUAGCCUGGUCGUUGCUCAUGGGGUCCUCGACUCGCUGGGCACCCUAAACACCAAGAACUUGGCAGAUCUUUGCGCACAGUGCCACCGGAUGGGAGUGCCGGUGGAGUCCAAGCCGGAGAAGCCGGAGCUCGUGAGCCGGCUGGGGAAGGCGAUGGUGUGGAAGCAGAUGGAUGAUGCCGCCCUCAGGAGAGAGUGCUCCAAGAGGGGAGCUCCCUUGGAUGACAUCCCGGAGCAGCUUCAGCAGCCAGGCGUGAAGCUGAUCGUGAACAACAACUGCAAAGCGGGCCGGCAGAAGCUGGAAAGGCUUCUGCUUCAGUCGUUGUGGCUGGACAUUUGGAAAGCCGCUGGCAUUACCGUCCAGAGCUUGGGCAGCCACCAGGCAGCCUCCAGCCUUUUCUCGGAGGUAGAGCGCCUUCACAGCGAGGAUCUGCCUGCCAUCCAGGAGCGGUACAAGGCUCUGGACCUGCCGCUGCAGCAGGUGCAGGAUCGACGCUGGGUACUUCAGCGAGUUUCAGAGUCUCUGUUCUGGGAAGCCCUGCCGCUAGCAGAGCUGCUAGAAGAGUGCGAGAUGCGCGCGCUGCCCAUCAAUCCCGCGGAGCGUGAUGCCGAGCAUGCUGCAGAAACAAAGCCUGUGCUGGUACGCAGACUGGUUAAAGACUCAUGCAUUCGUGCCUGGGUCAAGAUGGGCAUUCCCGUCGCACGUCUGGGCGAUGCACGUGCCGUCGCUCUGGUGGCUGAGGAGUGGCAAAGCCUCGAAAACAUCGGCAGUGCUGAUUUGAAGAUCAAAUGCGAACUGCACGGUGUGCCUCCAGAUGCGGCCUUAGAGCGGCACGACUUGCUUCAGCUGCUGAAGGAUAUCGCAGUUUGGGAAUCAAUGCCACUGCAUGAGCUCAAGGCUGAACUCGCCAAGGUCACAGGUCCAGGAGUUGCGCCACCUGCUCCUGAACGUGGCGACUGCUGGAAGGAGCAGAACAGCUUGGUGGAGCAGCUGCUUCUGUUGAGGUGCGCAGAGGCCUACGAAGCCAAGGGCAUCCCAGCACGGCGCAUCGGCUCUUUGAAGGCUGCUGCGAAGCUCGCGCAGGAGCUCAAGGAUUUGGAGGCCCAGGACACGGCAAGCUUGAAGGCCGAGUGCCAAAGCCUGGGACUGCCGGUGCAGCACUUGCGGCAGCAGGAGCUACGUGAUUUGCAUCGAGAGCUGGCCCUCUGGCGGGCGCUGCCUUGCGGGGAGCUGCGAUUGGAGUGCAGGGCACGGAAUGUGCCCUGCCCGCAACCACAAGGCAUGGUCAUGGAGCAGGAGCUCAAAGAGAUGCUCGUGGAUGCCCUCCUCGUGGAAAAGUGUGAGGCCUGGUACGAGCGCCGUGGUGUUCCAGUUCGGCGGUUGGGCUCCGUCUCUGCGGCUGCACGCGUGUCGGAGCGCUGGGAGCAGCUAGAUCAGCUGAGCGAAGGCGGGCUACUCUUCAAAGCAUCGGCUUUCAGCAUCCAUGUCGACAAGGACCUGAAAAGGUCGGAAGUGAUGGAGAGGAUAAAGCAGGCAAUCUUGUGGAGCGAGUUGCCGAUGCGCGAGCUGCAGAAGGUUUGCCGUGAAAACGGGGUCAACUCCGUCGCCCGCGAAAAUCAGAAGAAGGAGCUGAUGCACCGCCUGGCCUCGGCGCUCUGGCCUCCGCCGCCACCCGAGCCCCCAAAGCCGCCACCGACAUUCCACAACUUCGGUUCCAGAGAUUGGCAGAGGAGUUUCAAGAAAAACAACAUCCCACCUCCGAGCCUCCCGAAGAACAUCAAUCCCAAAACGCUUGUGCCUCACUUCAAGACACUGGGCCUGGCUCCAAACGCGAGCCCGGCAGAAGUGAAGAAGGCAUACCGCAAGCUGGCACUGAAGUACCAUCCGGAUGUCACUUAUAGAUUGGGUGGUCAGUUUUGGCCCUCCCGCUGCUUUGCCAAACUGCAUGGAGACCUGUUGAUGCUUCAGCGGAGCGGAAGGCAGCAGGCCGCCGUGUCCUUGACCGGCGCCAAGGUGGAGGUGACUUCACAGAGCACCGUCCAGAUCGAGGCACCCGGAAGUCCAUCGUUAUCUCUGCGUCUAAACAGCGCGGAGGAGGCGAUGCGCUGGUGCCAGGCGCUUCGUCGAGCAGUCAACCGCUCUCGAGGUUUUCGUGACAUGGUCUGCAACUCUCCGCUGAUCAGCCCACGCGGAGCUUCCCCUUCUCCACGCGGUGCUUCCCAGUCACCACGUAUUCCUGGGAAUGAUGGGGAGGACCGCUUGGAGCAGCUGCAAGCGCAGAUUCGAGAAAAGGAGGCUUCCAUCAAGGAACUGGGUGAGGCUCAGAACGCUGCAAAGGCCAGGGCAGAUGCUGCAGCAGAUGCGAAGCAGGAAGCAGAGGCCCGAGUGAAGCUGGCGGAGCAAGCUCUUCGAACCGAGCAAUCGCUGCGAGAAGAUCGUGAGAAGAAGCUGGAGGCAAUUCGCAACUCGCAGGGAGAGUCGGAAGAGAAGAGCAGCAAGUACAAGCAGGAAGUCGCCGACUUGCAGAUCGAGCUCUCGCUGCAGAAGGGCGAAGUGGCAUCGCUCCGCGAGCAGCUCUCCUUGGCACUGGAAGAGCGCGAUGCCCAGCAGGCUGAUGCACAAUCACGUACGCAGGCUUACCAAGGUUUGCAGGAGAUGGUGGCCGGUCUGGAAAAACAGCUCGCAGAUUCGCAACGCCGCAAAGUCGCGGCCGAGAAUCGGUUUGCUGCCGAGGAGGCAUGUCGAAAGGCAGCUGAGGAUCGCUGCGCGGGUGCUGAGAAGCGACAUGUGCAAGAUGAAGAGCUGGCAGAGAGCCUGGCUGCCGCUCUCCAUGAAGCCAAGCAGUCCCUCAUGUCAAUAGAAGCCAGUCGCGAAGUUGCCGUGGACCAAGCCUCUGUGCAGAAGGAAGUCGAGCGCUUGAAGGAAAACCUGGCCUCGGCGGAAACGAAAGCCGCAGAGGCUGAAGCCCGAGCACAGGACUUGCAGAAGCGCUUGGCUGCAAGUAGCAAAAAGCUCGAGCAAGUGCAGCAAGCGCAGGCAGUGCAGGCCCCGGACUCACCAAGCAGAAAGGAGCAGGCAGAAGUUCUUGCUCGCAAAGAGGUGGAGGUGCGUAACCACGAGUUGCAGAAGCGCCUCGCCGCCUCGGAGGCAAAGGCGAAGAAGGCGGAACAGGCAGAGGAAGGAAGGAAAGAAGCCGAGGCUCGUGCACAAGAGACGCAGCAGAGCCUGUCUCUCCUCGAGGCAGAAGUCACAGAGCUUCGAGAGGCAGCGAUGGCUUUCAAAGAAGCGGAGAUGCAGUUUCAGGAUUCUCAGAAGAAGGAAGGAUUGAAAAUCGAAGCAGCGGAGGCCGGCUGUGCUGCUGCCGAGGCACGGGUCGCCCAGCUUCAGAACCAGGUAUCCGACUUGGAGUCCGAGCUCGCUCGGGUAAAGGCUGCCGAGUCCCUCCAAGAGGUUCAUCUCGCAGUCAAGAAAGAUGCAGAGGCUCACGCCGAAGACUUGCAGAAUCAGCUCUCGGACAUGGAAGCUCAUUUGGAGGAGGUGCACCAGGUCCGUGCAGACAAGGAGAAGGCGGAGCAGAAGCUGCAGAGUCUCCAAGAGCGGUGCGCAGUCAUUGAGGAAGACAUGGCGUCCGCAAAGGCCGCAGCAGACGAGCAAGCUCAGGACCUGCAGCGGCGGCUCGAAGCCGCCAACCGCCGCUUACUUGCUGAGGAGCAGUGCCGCAAGGCCGCCGAGGAGCGAAGCGCGGCAGCGGAAAGGCGUCUUACAGAGGCAGAGAAGCAUCUGGAGAGCAUGGCAAUGCCAAGUCCCCGAAGGCUAUCAGGAGAAGUCAGCCCACAGGACGAGGCAUCACCAAAGCCCGCACCAUCAGAAGCCUCGACAGAAACGUACGAGAGAUGCGACAACACCGCGCAUGCAGAGUCCAAUGACGCGUCGCAGCUGCAUGCGCUACUUGCUGCGGCUGAGCUGAAGGCGAGCGAGGAGACCCGCGCCCGGAAAACAGCACAGCAGCAGCUCAUCCAGGCUAUCAAGGCGGCCACAGCCGCAGGUGCCAAGAUGAAGGCCAAAGAGCUCGUAGCCCGGCUGGAGCAUGGGCCCACUUUUACAGAUGGCCACUCUCUUGCACCCGGGUAUUUGGAGAUGCCAUGUUCCCGCACGCUCGUCAGUGUGACUGCGCGAGACAAGAACCUCGAGGCCUCCAAGGAAGAGGCAUCGCAGAGGUUUCGCGAAGUGGCAGAGGCCUAUGCUGCCCUGAAUCAAUACUUAGGAGCUCGACGGUCACCAAGCGUCCUCGGCAGAGUUCCCAUGGCAGCUCUGGCUUGGAUACCCUCCAGACUCUCCAGGUCUGGCCUUCGGUGGAUCUUGCUCGCGGUUGCAGGACUUCUUGCGCUGGCAUGGGAACGCAAACGGAGGCUUACUCGAGCCUUGACCGUGCAAAUCUCCGUCGCGCUUUCUUCGCCCUAUGCACGGCAAGCAGUCCUUGCAGCUGCACGACAUCUGCGGAUACCUGUCGUGGACGGAGCAGCAUGCCAGUGGGCCGAUUUCGCCGAAAUGGAUUGGGAUGCAUUUUUGAGCCAAGGGCCAUCAUUGCGACGGGCAUCGAGUCUAUAUGUGCGCACCUCUUUGGUUCGCAAGGGCAUGCUUGCGCACUACCUUACCAAACGACGUUGCGAAGGUGUACUGCCUGCGUCCUUCGUGGUGGAUCUGGAGGACGAGGAGGACUUGCAGAUGCUGCCGGAGCGAUUCAGGAAGUGGGCAGCUGCCCAGACGACCAAGUGUGACGGGACUUUGGUCGUGAAAGCUGGCAAUGCCAACCGGGGAGAGCACCUCCACCUUGUCAGCAAGUCGGAGGACAUUGCUGGCAGGAUCCGUGACGAAGUGCUGCAGCAGGGCCUUGUCGAAUGGGUCAUUCAGCCCUAUGUCAUGCCGCCGCUUUUGCGAAGAGAUCGCAAGUUCCAUGUGCGCGUGCACUUCCUUCUAGUCGGUUGCCCAAUGUGUGGCUUCAGCCGCGCCUGGCUUCAUGAAAGACUUCACGUGGUGCUGUCAGCAUCCAAGCGAUGGACGGAUGAUCCCACGACGGCUGCUGCACACCUCACGAACCACUGCGUGCAGGCAGCGCAGCCAGGAUACAACGAGUCAGAGCAGGUGCUGCUCUGGGGAGAGCUGGUGGAGGAGACUGGCCUGGAGUCCGAGGCACUUCUCCAAGACAUGGGCCGCUCUCUUGGACAAGCUUUAACGGCAGCGGCUGCCUCGCCAGGCUUCACACCUCUUCCACAGUCCUUCGAGCUCUUCGGCGCAGACUUUGUUUUCCAAGAUCUCGGGACAGCAGGGCCGAAGCCGUGGCUGCUGGAGGUGAAUGCAGGUCCUGAUUUGGCCGUGUUCGGCGAUGCGCGAAGGGACGAGGCAGUGCGCCUUGCAGAGGACAUCCUUCGUGCAGCGGUGUUGCCUUUUCGAGAGGCUCAUGAGGCAGGGAAUGUGAAUGCGGACAUGUUCUGGACAGCGUACGCGUGUGCUCCUCCAAUCUUUGCCCUUGAGGAUGCUCCUUAUUUGGAUGCUCACGAUUGCCCGUGCCGGGAGAGAAUAGGCAGGGACUGA